UCCGAGCUCGGCGCGUCUCGGCAUCCAGGCGCAUUUGUUUCUUCCUGGCUUCCGCGCGCCCGGUUUGGCCGGGACCGUUGGGAGCAAUGCCGAGGGAUGUGAUUUUAGUUGUGUGCUUCUGUGUGUGCACCGCCAGGACAGUGGUGGGCUUUGGGAUGGAUCCCGACCUUCAGUUGGAUAUCAUCACUGAGCUCGACCUUGUGAACACCACCCUUGGGGUCACGCAGGUGUCUGGACUGCACAACACCAGCAGAGCAUUUUUAUUUCAAGAUGCAGAAAGAGAGAUCCAUGCAGCCCCUCAUGUGAGUAAGAAAUUAAUUCAGCUGUUCCGGAAUAAGAGUGAGUUCACCUUUCUGGCCACUGUGCAGCAGAAGCCAUCGACGUCAGGAGUGAUCCUUUCCAUUCGAGAACUGGAACACAGCUAUUUUGAACUGGAGAGCAGUGGUCUGAGGGAUGAGAUUCGCUAUCACUACAUACACAACGGGAAGCCCCGGACAGAGGCGCUUCCAUACCGGAUGGCUGAUGGGCAGUGGCACAGGGUUGCCCUGUCAGUCAGCGCCUCCCAUCUCCUGCUCCACAUCGACUGCAACAGGAUUUAUGAACGUGUGAUAGACCCUCCUGAGACCAACCUUCCCCCUGGAAGCAAUUUAUGGCUUGGUCAGCGCAACCAAAAGCAUGGUUUAUUCAAAGGGAUUAUUCAAGAUGGGAAAAUCAUCUUCAUGCCAAAUGGAUAUAUAACACAGUGUCCAAACCUGAAUCGCACUUGCCCAACUUGCAGUGAUUUCUUAAGCCUGGUGCAAGGAAUAAUGGAUUUACAAGAGCUUUUGGCCAAGAUGACUGCAAAACUGAACUAUGCAGAAACAAGACUUAGUCAAUUGGAAAACUGUCAUUGUGAGAAGACCUGUCAAGUGAGUGGACUGCUCUAUAGAGACCAAGACUCCUGGGUCGACGGGGAUCAUUGCAGAAACUGCACAUGCAAAAGCGGGGCUGUGGAAUGCCGAAGGAUGUCCUGUCCCCCACUCAACUGCUCUCCAGACUCCCUCCCUGUGCACAUUGCCGGCCAGUGUUGUAAGGUCUGCCGACCAAAAUGUAUCUAUGGAGGAAAAGUCCUUGCAGAAGGCCAGCGGAUCUUAAGCAAGAGCUGUCGGGAAUGCAGAGGUGGAGUUUUAGUAAAAAUUACGGAAGCAUGCCCUCUUUUGAACUGCUCAGAGAAGGAUCACAUUCUCCCGGAGAAUCAGUGCUGCAGUGUCUGCAGAGGUCAUAACUUUUGUGCUGAAGGACCUAAAUGUGGUGAAAACUCAGAGUGCAAAAACUGGAAUACCAAAGCUACUUGUGAGUGCAAGAAUGGUUACAUUUCUGUCCAGGGAGACUCUGCCUACUGUGAAGAUAUUGAUGAGUGUGCAGCUAAGAUGCAUUACUGUCAUGCCAACACUGUGUGUGUCAACCUGCCUGGGUUAUAUCGCUGUGACUGUGUCCCAGGAUACAUUCGUGUGGAUGACUUCUCUUGUACAGAGCAUGACGACUGUGGCAGCGGGCAGCACAACUGCGAUGAGAACGCCAUCUGCACCAACACCGUCCAGGGGCACAGCUGCACCUGCAAACCGGGCUACGUGGGCAACGGCACCAUCUGCAGAGCAUUCUGCGAAGAGGGCUGCAGAUACGGUGGAACAUGCAUGGCUCCCAACAAAUGUGUCUGUCCUUCUGGAUUCACAGGAAGCCACUGCGAGACAGAUAUUGAUGAAUGUACAGAGGGGAUCAUUGAGUGCCACAACCAUUCCCGCUGCGUUAACCUGCCAGGGUGGUACCACUGUGAGUGCAGAAGCGGUUUCCAUGACGAUGGGACUUAUUCACUGUCCGGGGAGUCCUGUGUUGACAUUGAUGAAUGUGCCUUAAGAACCCAUACCUGUUGGAAUGAUUCUGCCUGCAUCAACCUGGCAGGGGGCUUCGACUGCCUCUGUCCCUCCGGGCCCUCCUGCUCUGGUGACUGCCCCCAUGAAGGAGGGCUGAAGCGCAACGGGCAGGUGUGGACUCUGAAAGAAGACAGGUGUUCCGUCUGUUCCUGCAAGGACGGGAAGAUAUUCUGCCGGCGGACAGCUUGCGAUUGCCAGAAUCCAAGCGUUGACCUUUUCUGCUGCCCAGAGUGUGACACCAGGGUCACAAGCCAAUGUUUGGAUCAAAAUGGACACAAGCUCUAUCGGAGUGGAGACAACUGGACUCAUAGCUGCCAGCAGUGCCGGUGUCUGGAAGGAGAGGUAGACUGCUGGCCGCUCACUUGCCCCAGUUUGAGCUGUGAGUACACAACUAUCCUGGAAGGGGAAUGUUGUCCCCGCUGUGUCAGUGACCCCUGCCUGGCUGAUAAUAUCGCCUAUGACAUCAGGAAAACUUGCCUGGACAGCCAUGGCCUUUCGAGGCUCAGCGGCUCAGUGUGGACUAUGGCUGGAUCUCCCUGCACAACCUGCAAAUGCAAGAAUGGAAGUGUCUGCUGUUCUGUGGAUCUGGAGUGUCUUCAUAAUAAUUGAAGUAUUUAAAAUGGACUCGUCAUCGCAGAAGAAAAAAGGACAAAAUAACCAUCCAACAUGAUG